CAUAAAGACCGGAGCUCCGGUGUUAAAGGUUUUUUUCCUCCCGAUAAAGAAAGUUUUACUUCGCUCUGACAGAAGGAGGAAGCCCCCCCUGACACGGGGAGGCGGUGCGUCACGCGCGCGCAGCGUCUCCACAGGCGGAGGAGUUCUGGAGAGCUCCGCGCGCAGCGUCUGUCGUCGCGUGCCUGAAGCACGGACGGACGUGUGAGCUCCCGCGCUGGUCUGGGCUUUCCCGCGCCAUGGAGUUCUGGAGGCAGUGCGCGGUGUGGCUGAUCGGCUGUAGGGUUCUGCCGCCCAACCACCGGGUCACCGCCGACACGGCGCAGGUCUUCGACCUGGCGCAGACCCUGCGGGACGGGGUGCUGCUGUGCCAGCUGCUGAACAACCUGCGGGCGCACACCAUCAACCUGAAGGAGAUCAACCUGCGGCCGCAGAUGUCCCAGUUCUUGUGCCUGAAGAACAUCCGGACGUUCCUGACUUGCUGCUGUGACGUGUUCGGCCUGAAGAAGAGCGACCUGUUCGACGCCUUUGACCUGUUUGAUGUCCGAGACUUUGGAAAGGUCAUGGAAACGCUCUCCAGGCUCUCGCACACGGCAGCUGCUCAGCAGUCAGGAUUCAAACCAUUUCCAACAGAGGAGAGCCUGAAAGACGAGGACGUUUACAGCAACCUGGAGGACCUCAUUGAUGAGAGCGUUCCUGAAGAUGAAGAUGACCUGUACGCUGCAGUCUGCGGCCUGGAGGAUGAGUACGCAGGGCUGGAGAUCUACGAGGACCUGAUGAGGACGGACCAGCAAACAUCAGCGAAGCAGACGGAGGUGGAUGUUCGCAGCUGCUGCCUCUCUGAGAUCAAGCAGACGGAGGAGAGAUACACGGAGACUCUGGAGUCCAUCGAGAAGUAUUUCCUGAAUCCACUGAAGAAGUUCUUCUCUGCAGCUGAAAUUGAAAAAGUUUUCGUCAACAUCCCCGAUCUGGUGAAACUCCACAAGAGCCUGAUGGUUGAUCUGCAGGAUUCCAUCCUGAACAGAAACGCCCUCAACCUCCAUCAGAUCUUCAUCAGCUACAAAGACAGACUGCUCAUUUAUGGGAUCUACUGCAGCCAGGUGGAGAUCGCCAUCGCAGUGUUGGACCUCAUCGUCAAAGAGAAAGAGGACGUUCGUCUGAAACUGGAGGAAUGUUCUAAAAGAGCCAACAAUGGCAAGUUCACUCUGAGAGACCUGCUGGUGGUCCCGAUGCAGAGAGUGCUGAAGUACCACCUUCUCCUGCAGUGGUGCUAUGGCUUCUACGUGACUCACCAGCAGGGACAGACCGGCUUCGAGCUCUUCUUCAAGACCAGAGAGCUGAAGAAGAAGUGGCUGGAGCAGUUCGAGAUGGCCAUUUCAAACAUCCGUCCAGAAAAGGCCAACCACAACAGCCACCAGUUCAGGAUUCACUCCUUCGAGAGGAUCACCUCCUGCAGCUACUGUCACCUGCUGCUCAGGGGCCUCUUCAACCAGGGUUACCUGUGCGUCAGGUGUGGGCAGGGGGCUCAUAAGGAGUGUCUGGGUCGGCUGGGAGUCUGUGGACGGACAGACGCCGUCAAGCCGAGGUCUCGGGAAACAGCAGCAGCUGCAGAUGCAGGUCUACCUCGCAUGGUGGCCAUCAGAGACUACAGCGGCGUCCCCUGUCCCCAGUGUGGGCCCCCCCUGAGCUUCCAUGUGGGGGACGUCAUGGAGCUGAUCUUUGCAGACGUGCACAGCACCUGGUGGCAGGGCAGGAUCCUGGCCUCCAGUAAGACGGGCUUCUUUCCCAGCGACGCCGUGAGGCCGUGUCCGUGCGUUCCCAAACCCGUGGAUUACUCCGGCCAGCUGUGGUUUGCAGGCCCUCUGGAGAGGUACCAGGCGGAGGUGGAGCUGCUCCACCAGGACAACGGGACGUACCUGAUCCGGCACCGCAGUAAAGAGUGCAACGAGUACGCCAUCAGCAUCAAGUUCAGCGAUAAAGUGAAGCACAUCAAGAUUCUGACCAAAGACGGAGGUUUCUACAUCGCUGAGAGCCGGCUGUUCAAGACGGUGCAGGAGCUGGUGGACUACUACCAACAGCACUCUCUGAAGGAGGGCUUCAGCAGCCUGGACACCACCCUGCAGGUCCCCUACCGGGAACCGGCCAACGGAAACCUGCCCAGGGCCAUCACCAGGACCGGCACUGUUUUCUCCCCCAGGGUGGUGGGCGUGGCCGUGGCGCGGUACGACUUCAGCUCCAGAGACACCCGCGAGCUCUCUCUACUUCAGGGAGACGUCAUCAGGAUCUACAGCAAGAUGCCCAACGGCUGGUGGAAGGGAGAAGUGGACGGCCGGGUGGGCUGGUUUCCCUCCACCUACGUGGAUGAAGAGGACUGACUUCGUCACCCUCACCCUCUGUCAUCUGAACGUGACGUGAACGGAGAGGACGGCGGUUUCCCUGACGGACUUCUGCUCCAAUCAGAUUCCUGCCGUCCGUCUGCCCCCCCACACUGAUAGACGGCUCUGUGGUCCCUGAAGCUCUCGUCUCUGUUGUCCUCAUGUUUGACAGGAAAACGUAGCCCUGUAGCUGCAGCACUGAGGGGGCGGGGCUACGACGCUCUGACUCUUCUUCUACCACUGUGACAUAGAACCCACGGGACGUGUCUAAGCACUGAAACACAGCAGCCUGCAGGUGGAUUUCGGGGGGGGGGGGCUCAGUCCUUUUUAUUCUGUUUCUUCUUUAUCUGAUGACUUUUCCAAACAAGUCCUCAUUUCUUCCGUUGAAGUUCUGCAGAAACUCAAGAGUGAAUGAAAGGAUCAUUUACGACUGAUUCAUAUGAGGGGGGGGCACAUGACAACAGCUGAUAAUAAACUGAAAUCAUGCAGAGACUGAAGCAAACAUGUUUAUUAGAUUAUUGUAGUUUUUUAAGGUUUGAGUGUUUACUGGAACUCAGUCAGAAUGUGAUUCAAGGCUGAUGCAACAGCUGUUCACUGGAGAGGAAGGUGACACUGGGUGUUCAGAGAUGCAGCUUUCCCUCCUCACAUGACCCCCCCCCCCCAGAACAGUGUGUGCUCCACCAAUAUUUAAGAAGAGCAUCUCCUCUACAUUGUUCUCCUGAGUUCAGUCUGCUGUGUUUCACUGACUGCAGUCUCACUGAGAGGAUUCAUCAGAAACAAUGACUGACCAAAGGAAUAAACAUGGACUGCAUGCAGGUCAUGGUCUCCACAGACGGAUUAUCCACAACAUGGAUCUAAAGAAACGACUCCAGCAACAGUUUAACUGAAGCAGGAGCGCUGCUGUCAUUUUGUAAUUAAGAUAAAGAUUCAAAUGAAAAUCAUUUCCUAGAAUUGUUGGGUGAAGAAUUCUGUUUUUACAAGUAGGCUGAAUAAAGUUAAUCGAUAAACAGAUUUUUAAGUUACAAAUAAGAAGUAGACAAUAUUUUUCAAAGCACUGUUGUCUGUGUUUGUUGGUAUAAAUAAAGUUUUCCAUGUUAUGAUAUAA